GAAAUAAAACGUGGCUUUUCAACCUAACAUUCAGCAAAAAUAAAACGACACUAACAAGAGGCGUUUAAGCCAUCAAAACUAAAGUUCAAAACGACAGCAUACUAAACGUUUCAUUAAACUAAGACCCAUAACGAUACUGUUUAAAAACUUCCUUCUUCCCUUCAACAAUCAGUUGACCUUGGCGCCUCAUACUUCUUCAUCUGAAAUCACUGAAUUCUCAGCACCCAGGUCGUUUUGAUUUGCAUCGUCAUCGAAGCUUUCCUCUUCCUUCAGCUUUAUUCUUUUGGUACAUUUUGAUUCAGAAGCUUUUGCCAAACGAAAAGCCUUGAGAAUCAAUUUUUCUGUCACUCCCCCUCCAUCUGAAUCUGUCUAGUUCUGAACUCUGAUCUAAGCAUGGCAGAUGCACUUGUUUCAGCAGUCUUGCAGCAGCUAACAGCUGUUGUUUAUCAAGAAAUUGAACAAGAGGUGACACUUGUUGUGGAUGUCAGGAAAGAAGCUCAGAAGCUCAAGAGCACUCUCCAAACUAUUCAAGCAGUGCUGAUAGAUGCUGAGAAAAGGCAAGUGAAGGAGGAAGCUGUCAAACUUUGGUUGGACAAGCUUAAAGGCACAUCUUAUGACAUGGACGAUUUGAUAGAUGAGUGGAACGCUUUUAUUCUCACAUCGCAAAUUGCAAAGAAGAAGGUAUGCUACUGUGUUCCCUCUCCAUGCUUCUCUUUCAGUAAAAUUGUUCUGCAUCGGGAUUUUGCUGUCAAGAUAAAAGAUCUAAAUAAAAGACUCCAAGUGAUUGGUAGAGAAAAAGAUACGUUCAGUUUUGAUUUGGUUAGGGGCAAUGAAGAAGUCGAGCGACCAAUCACUACCUCUUUUAUUGAUGUAUCGGAGAUUUGUGGUAGAGACCAAGAUAAGCAUACUAUACUUAAUAAGUUGCUGUCCGAGAAUAGUCAAGAACAAAGAGGCCCCCAUAUCAUCUCUGUGGUUGGAAUGGGAGGUAUUGGAAAAACAACUCUUGCCCAACUAGCCUACAAUGAUCAGAGGGUGAAAGCCUAUUUUGAUAAAAGAAUAUGGGUGUGUGUCUCAGAUCCUUUUGAUGAGAUUAGAAUUGCCAAAGCGAUUCUUGAAGCUUUAACCGAGGUUGCUCCCAAUGUUAUUGAAUUGGAGACUUUAUUGCAGAAAAUACAUCACUUAAUUGAGAGAAAGAAAUUUCUUCUUGUUUUGGACGAUGUGUGGACUGAAGAUUGCACAAAGUGGGAAUCAUUGAAACACUCUCUAAAGUGUGGAUCACCAGGAAGCAAAAUUUUGAUCACCACACGCAAGGAGAAUGUUGCAAAUAUCAUGGGUAGCACUACUCUGUUCCCGUUAGGCCAAUUGUCUGAGGAGGAAUGUUGGUUGUUGUUCAGUCAGGUCGCAUUUUUUGGAAGGACUAGCGAGGAGUGCAAGUGUUUGGAGGGCAUUGGUAGGAAGAUAGCAAACAAAUGCAAGGGUUUGCCGCUUGCUGCAAAGGUUCUUGGUGGACUCUUACGCUUCAAAAAAUCCAAAGAACAGUGGCAGAGUGUGUUGGACAGUGAACUAUGGGAACUUGAAGAAGCUGAAAAGGGUAUUUUCCCUCCCUUACUAUUGAGCUAUUAUGAUUUAUCGUCAACUUUGAAACAAUGCUUUUCAUAUUGUGCCAUCUUUUUAAAAGAUUCUGUGAUAGAGAAAGAUAAGUUGAUCAAAUUGUGGAUGGCGCAAGGUUUCUUUAAGGGAACGAAAAAUAAACAGGUGGAGACCAUCGGCCAGGAAUGCUUUGAUGACUUGGCUAUGCGCUCCUUCUUUCAGGAUUUUCAAAAAAAUGAAAAUAACAGUCGCAUACUGAAAUGCAAAAUGCAUGAUAUAGUGCAUGAUUUUGCAAGAUUUUUGACAAAAAAUGAGUGUUCUAUGCUGGAAGUGAAAGCUGUAAAUGAUCCCAAGAUAGAGUCUUGCACUGAAAAAGGUCGUCAUCUGGUUGUGGUGCUUGAGAAGGGGUGUUCAUUUCUUUUCUACAUUUAUAAUUUUCAAAAAUUGCGUAGCCUCUUAAUCAAGUCAUAUAAUAAAAAUAGUUCAAUUGGUGGAGCUUUGCCUAGGUUGUUUGAUGAAUUGAUAUGUUUAAGGAGUUUGGAUUUGAGUUGGUGUUUGAUUAAAGAAAUACCAAAAGAGAUUGGAAAAUUAAUAUGCUUGAGGUACCUAAAGCUUAGUAAUAACCAUCAUUUGCGAGAAUUGCCUGAAACUUUGUGUGAUUUAUAUAAUCUACAAACGCUAGACCUCACAAGGUGUAGAAGUCUAAGAACACUGCCUUCUGGAAUUGGAAAGCUUCUGAAUUUGAGGCACCUUGAUAAUUGGGAGACUUUUAGAUUGAGAGUCAUGCCUAAAGGAUUGGAAAGAUUAACGUGCCUUCGGACGUUAAAGGAGUUAGUUGUGGGCGACGGCUGCAAUGACUCUGGAACAUUUACCAUUGGAGAUUUGGCGAACUUGAGUUGCCUUCAAGGGGAUCUAAACAUAAGAGGAUUAGGAAAUGCAACAGAUUUGACUGAGGCUAGGAAAGCAAAACUUCGUAAUAAGAAUGACCUCAUUGGUUUAACACUAAAUUUUGAUUUCAGUACUGGCAGAAUUGGUGGUGAAGACAUUAUUCUUGAAGCCUUACAACCACCUCCUUACAUAGAAAGAUUAGAGAUACGGUGCUUCAAUGGGCCCCUCCUGUUCCCUAGUUGGCUGCAGUCAUCAACAUUGGCCCAGCUGAGGCGUAUUACACUUAGUAAUUGCAGAAACUGGGAGUAUUUGCCUCCCUUGGGAAAACUGCCCUCCUUAGAAUCACUUGAAAUGUUAAACAUGAAAAGAGUGAAGACAGUGGGAGUUGAAUUUUUGGGAGUAACAAGAGAAGAGGGGCAAGCAUCCUCUCCUACAUCCUCUCUUGCGUCUUCUUUAUCUAUGAUUGCCUUCCCCAAUUUGACCUCUCUUCGUUUCACAAAUAUGGGAGAGUGGAAAGACUGGAUUAGUUGUGAAAUCGCAUCUACAAGAGGAGCAGAAGUAGAUAUUGCCGUCAUGCCACGUCUUCAUUCCUUAGACAUUCAGAGAUGCCCGAUGUUAAAGACUUUGCCAGACCACCUUCUUCGAUUGACAAGCCUAAAGGAGCUGAGCAUUGCUUGGUGUCCUAUUCUUUCAGAAUAUUGCAGAAAGGAGUGGCCUAGCAUCUCUCACAUUCACGACAUCAGAGUUGACGGUGUUUAUGUGCAAAGAAAUGGCCAUUGAACUUCUUUUCUGGGUUCAGGAUACAUUGCAUGUUUCAACUAUUGAACGGGAAGAAGAUACUGAAACUGUGAUGCCAAAGCAUUCAACCUGUUGAUUCUCCUUGGAUUAAUUCCACUUUUAUGGACUGUAACUUUUAAGUUUGUUCCAGUACAGAAAUCUCAGAGUUUUUUUUUUUUCUCUUCUUCUUCUUCUUCUUCUUUACCUUGGGUUGUUUUUACAUAGUUGCUCUUUGGUUGUUGGGAAAGACCAAGAAAAUCAGAUUUUGUUAGUUGCUAAAAUUAAUAUAAUAAUGUUUUACACUCAUUCUUAACGGGGAAAACGUAUGGGAUUGAGGUGGACAAGUACCAAGAUUGGCAGAAAAACGUGCAUCUCAACCUUGUCUAUUUGAUCCUAUUUUUUAUGUCAUCGGAAUAUGAAAGGAGAUUAUGUUUUCAUGAUAUUGCUUUAGUUAACUUU